AUGGCACCCACAGCGCCCCCGUCCUCCAAACCAUCCGCCCGCACCCUCCGCCACCAGCGCAUCACGGGCCAAAUCCACCCCCUCCUUCCCAGCAAGCUCUUCCGCCCAGACGCCCAGGUCUCCGACAGCUUCAUCUCCUCCAAGCGCGACAAGCGGACCAUCAAGCACUCCUCGUUUCUCUCCAAGAUCCAGUCCACGCCCCAUGCGCAGAACCGCGUCGGCAAGAACAAGGGCGGCAGCGGCCACCGGCGGCACAAGCGACCGGGGAACAAACUCACGGCGCUGGAUGGACUGGAGGAUGCUCUGCCGGAUGUGAGUGAUGCCCCGGAAAUGGGCAAGGUCCGUGCAAGGAGCCUCAAGAGCCGACCGGGCGCGCUGAAGAGGAAGGAGAGGAUGAUGAAGGGGGAGAUGGAGCGGUUUGGGAUGAACAUGGCCAACCUGGCCAACUUGGCUGAUCAAGCACCGUCGAAAACACAAGAGUCCAUGGAGGGACAGGAGGUGAAGAGCAAAGAGGACCAAGGGCGGGCGAGUCGAUGGGCAGCGUUGAGGGGGUAUGUCUCGUCCACGAUGGAGCAGAACCCUGCGUUUGCAGACAAAUUGUAG